CACCCAGGAUAAGUGUAGGAAAUAAUGACUAAUACUUACUGCUGCUCCUGCUAACAGAGUUCUAACAAGUUAUCAGAAUGUCUGGCGUUAUGUUCUAGACUGGUGUUAUGUUCUAGGCUUCAGUUGUGUUCUAGAAUUUGUUAUGUUCUACACUUGCAUCAUGUUCUAGACAUCCAUUAUGUUCCCCAUGUAUUAUGUUCUAGACUAGAGUAAUGUUCUGGACUGGUGUUAUGGACUCUUGUUAGGUUCUAGACUGGUAUUGUGUUCUAGACUGGUGUUGUGUUCUAGACUGGUGUUGUGUUCUAGACUGGUGUUAUGUCCAACACGGCACUAGCAAACACCAUGUGUAGAACAUAACGCCCCGAUCCCCUGUUAUAAAAAGCUGCUUCUCACUAUUUGGUGGCUAUUGUGCAUGGGAUGUGAAGGCAAGGUGCCUACAGGCUGCCAGGAUAGCGGGCCCCAGGGCAAGCUGAGAGGCCUCCCAGGCUGAUUUGGAUGCUGAUUGCAGCCUGACAGUUGCAUUGGUGAUCGUACUACACCCGGAGGGAUGGUUACCAGAAGUCGCCACUCGUUGCUUAGUAUUCUGCUGGGGCUGGUCCUGGGCUUUCUACUCACCUCCAGGUUUAUCCUGCCCAGAGAGCCAAUCGGAGAAGAGCGGGUGCCGGGGGAUGGCAGAUGGGCAAGCUGAAUUAAGGAGGGAUUACAGCGGGGUUCUAGGCUGGCAGCAGUUGGGUGAUCACAGACAUCACUUGUGUGGUACAAUAGACUGGUGGGCAAAGAGGCACAUUUAGGGCACUGAUAACUGAGCUGUCAGUAGUCUUCCUGACGCGUAACUUCCGGUUUUGUCAGAAGUCAGUUAGGGGGACGAUGUGGAGCGCAGAUCUGCACACUGAGUCGCCCUAUCGCCGCUUUUUAGUAGACAGGAAGCAGUGUUUUCAAACAGUAGUUUUUUAAUAAAGCCUCAAUAUUAAUAAACUCUAUACAGGGUCGUUCUAUUAUUAGUGUGUUUAGAAUUGAUUUUUUAAUAAAAAUUUUUUUAGUGUUACAGUUCCUUUAAUGAAAGUCAGGGACAAGCGAUAGAUCAGGUACAGGGUCAGUGACCCCAAAACAGACACAAAUAGAAAAGUGAAAGACAUUGGGGAAAAGUCUUUAUUUUGGGGAGGUGCUAAGGUUUAAUUGAUGGAUGGGGGGGGUUACACAUGUUAGCCCAGUGUUUAUUAUAAUCACCUAUUGGCACUGCUGAAAUAGUAACCCCUGAUGGGGCAGUAUUCAGAGCAUAGAAGCCCCGGGCCAGGGUAUCAGGUAAGUGAAUCACUGGCAGAGAAAUGACUUCACUGUAGCUCCUUGUCCUGUUAUUUUUGGGGCUCAAUACAGGUCAGUGCUGGAGGGCACAUAGUGAUUAUACAGGGGCUGCUGGGGGACAGUGGAAGUUCUGGGGGGGGGGGAGUCUCACACAUGAGCUCAUUUUUAUUUCGUUUCUGUGGGUGGAAAGGGCUGUUAGCCAGGGCACCUCCUCCUGUUACCAUGGACACCACAAAAACAAACCGACAGUUAGUGAAUAGACUUGCAGCCUGUGUGGGUUCCCCCGAGCGGCAGACUCUCAUUACUGACUGGAUCCUGAUCCUGAAGACUCACAGAUCUGCCACACACAGUUUACAACAAUGCAAAGAGUUUAUUACCCAUAAGCCUGUGUCCUUGUGGCCCCAACAAUGGAGAAGUAUGAGAAGUUGGCCAAGAUUGGAGAGGGCUCUUACGGAGUGGUGUUUAAAUGUCGCAGCAAAGAGACUGGUCAAGUGGUGGCCAUCAAGAAGUUUGUGGAAUCGGAAGAUGAUCCAGUCAUUAAGAAGAUAGCCCUGCGGGAAAUCCGUAUGUUAAAGAAACUAAAACACAACAACCUUGUCAACCUGCUGGAAGUGUUCAGGCGGAAGCGAAAGCUGCACUUAGUGUUUGAAUACUGUGACCACACUGUGCUCAACGAGCUGGAGAAGCAUCCAAAUGGGGUUCCUGAUGCCUUGACCAAGAACAUAAUGUGGCAGAUUCUUCAGGCUGUUAACUUCUGCCAUAAGAACAGUUGUAUCCACCGAGACGUCAAACCCGAGAACAUUCUCCUUACCAAGCAAGGGGUCAUCAAGCUGUGUGACUUCGGAUUCGCCCGGAUUCUCACCCGGCCUGGUGAUGAUUACACAGACUAUGUGGCUACUCGCUGGUACAGAGCUCCUGAACUCCUGGUGGGAGACACCCAGUAUGGAGCAGCUGUGGACGUGUGGGCCGUGGGCUGUGUCUUUGCAGAACUUCUUUCGGGGCAACCGCUGUGGCCAGGAAAAUCUGACAUGGACCAACUACACUGUAUCAUCAGGACCCUGGGGAAGCUGAUCCCGAGACAUCAGUACAUUUUCCAUAGUAACCAGUUCUUUCAUGGCGCCAGCAUUCCUGAGCCAGACCCAGCAGAUUUGGAAUCACUGGAGGAAAAGUUCCCAAAUAUUCAGCCGGCAGUUCUCACUUUUAUGAAGGGCUGCCUGCGUAUGAAUCCAGAUGACAGAUACUCCUGUGAGCAACUGCUGGAAAGCUUGUACUUUAAUCCCGCCCAUGAGGAACCAGAGAAACGGAAACCCAAGGGCCGGAGGCGACUUCAGCAGGCUCAGCUCUUGCCCCAACUACCGGCCAAUGGAAUGUCUCCUGCCCCCGAAGGGAAGAACAAGCCACGGGCCACUAAGUUUGAUCAUUUUCCCAACAUUUAAAGCCCUGGUACAUGGAGUGGCACAGGCAGGACUGAGGAACUUGCCCUCUGGGCUACCAACUGUAGCCUCUAGGUGCCUCCUGCCGAUUCCUAAUGGGAGCCAAGCAACAUGGCAGCUCCAGAUACUCCUCCUUCUGGAUGAAAGCUCUGCCUACAACUGGGCUCAAUGUCUGGCACAUUUACCCUUUAAUCACACAGAGCCGCGGGGCGGACAUUGGUACCUGGGUAACGUGGGGCAGUGAGUGGCAUUUCCCCAGGGCAGGACAUUGUUCUAGUGACUUGUGUACAACGAGAGGGUUUGGGGUACAUAUUUUUUAAUUAAAGUAUAUUGGAAAUAGGUUUCUUAUUCAUUAAAGAAACUAAAAAUGA